AAUUAAUUAUGGGGACGUUUCAGAGCUUUAGGAAGGCUUAUGGAGCUCUCAAGGACACCACCAAGGUUGGCCUUGCCAAGGUCAAUAGUGAAUUUAAGGAUUUGGAUAUUGCCAUUGUCAAGGCUACCAAUCACGUUGAAUACCCUCCAAAAGAACGCCAUGUUCGAAGUGAGUGUCGUACAUUUUUUGAAAGAAGAAAAAAAAUGUUAUGGUUUGAUGAUUUUAUAAAAAAUGCACAAAUGGAAAUCUUCUCGGCAACAUCGGUGGUUCGUCCGCGGGCAGAUGUGGCGUAUUGCAUCCAUGCCCUGGCCAAGAGAUUGUCCAAGACAAGAAAUUGGAUUGUGGCCAUAAAGGCAUUGAUUGUGAUUCAUAGGACAUUAAGAGAAGGUGAUCCAACCUUCAGAGAGGAACUUCUGAACUAUUCACAUAAGUCACAUGUUCUCCAAAUAUCAAACUUCAAAGAUGACUCAAGCCCCCUCGCUUGGGACUGUUCUGCUUGGGUCCGGACCUAUGCACUCUUUUUAGAGGAAAGAAUGGAGUGUUUUAGAGUCUUGAAGUAUGACAUUGAGACGGAGCGUUUGACAAAAUACUCCCCAGGAGCUUCCAAGGUACAUAGCAGAACACGAAUGUUGAGUCGUAACGAGCUGUUGGAUCAGCUUCCUGCAUUGCAGCAGCUUCUUUACCGUCUUAUUGGGUGUCAGCCUGAAGGAGCAGCUUACAGCAAUUACCUAAUACAAUAUGCUUUGGCCCUGGUACUAAAAGAAAGCUUCAAAAUAUAUUGUGCCAUCAAUGAUGGAAUUAUAAAUCUUGUAGAUAUGUUCUUUGAUAUGUCAAGACAUGAUGCAGUUAAAGCUCUGGAUAUUUACAAAAGAGCUGGCCAACAGGCUGAAAAUCUUGCUGAUUUUUAUGAAUAUUGCAAGGGACUGGAUCUUGCAAGGAAUUUCCAAUUUCCUACACUAAGACAGCCUCCUCCCUCGUUUCUGUCAACAAUGGAGGAAUAUAUUAAAGAAGCACCUCAAUCAGGCUCUGUGAACAAGAGACUGGAGUAUCAAGAGGCUGAGGCUGAUCAGCAGUCUCAGAAACUUGAGGAUCCUGAAGAAAAUGAAAAACAAGAUGAUAAGGAAAAACCAGUAGAAGAAAUAGUUGAAACAGUUGAAGAAUCCCAACCAAAGGAAGAAGCUGAAGCUCUACCCUUGAUAUCAAUGGAAGAGACUGAUUUCCUGGGUCUGCACGAAGUAAACUCAAAAGCCUUGGAAAUUGAAGAAAGCAAUGCUUUGGCUCUUGCCAUAAUCCCACCUGGGAAUGAUUCACAAUCUACAAGCCAGAGUUUGGAUGAUCUUCUUGGGGUACCAGGUUGGGAAUUAGCCUUGGUUAUGGCUCCAAGCAGCAAUACUAAUCAUGUUGUUGACAGCAAAUUGGCUGGUGGCUUCAACAAGUUACUACUUGAUAGCUUGUAUGAAGAUGAAUCAUCCAGAAGACAAAUACAUCUGCAGAAUGCCGGAUAUGGACAAAGUGGAAUUAGUAUCCAAAAUCCUUUCGAUCAACAGGACCCAUUCAUGAUGUCAAACAACAUAGCGCCCCCAACCAACGUUCAAAUGGUACUAAUGGCCCAGCAGCAUCAGGAACAACAGCAGCAAAAUCAACAACCAAUGAUGCUGCAACAACAACCAUACCAAGCGAACACGAUGAUGGUACCACACCAGUACUCACCUCAAUAUCCUCAACAAAAUCAGUAUUCUCAACAACAGCCGCAGCAUAUAGGAUCUUCAAAUCCAUUUGGAGACCCUUUCAGCUUACCUCCAAGUACAGCACCACAGCAGGGAAAUCAUGGUCUAAUAUAGGAUUCUUUUUCCCUUUUUUUUUUUGAGUUGUUAUUUUAGUUUUAUAUUCAUCACUUAUUGGAGUAGGAUAAUAUCAUUUUAUUUCUACAAAGGUUUGAUAUAUAUUCAUUCUUUUGUUUACUCAUCUGUAUAUUUGUUUGGAGAAUAAUAAUAAACAUAACCAUCUUUUUUCCAUAAAAAUUUAACUUGGGGAAGUGGUACUUUUGUUUAUCAAGUUG